GGGGGGGAAGUCAAAGACUGAAAACCAACCAUAGUACUGUUAAACGCAAAGGCGAUGAAACAACAGAAACAAGAGUUCUGGUGCCCCCAAUUGAGCGACGGAAAAGGAAAAGGAAAAAGGGAUGAGGAUGAGGGUUUGGGGAUCCGAGAUCGUGUUCGCCCUAUUGCUAUGUGGGACCCUCUCAUGCACUGCUCAAGCUAUUCAUAAUAGGGUUUCUCUCUCCACCACCACCACCACCAUCUGUCCUGCUCGUUCCCUCCUCGAUUUCAUCUUAGGGUUUCCAGAUUCCACCUGCCCUCUUCCCAAUUCUCUUGGAUCCAUUGCCGUCACCGAGGGAGAUGAGGUUUCUUUGCAGAAGGCGCUGAAUAUGGUUCACAAGAAUAAUCAUGAAUAUGUGGCUGUGCUCUUCUAUGCGUCCUGGUGCCCUUUCUCUCGGGUGUUUAGAUCAGUUUUCUCUGUUCUCUCUGCGCUACACCCUUCCAUUCCUCAUUUUGCCAUUGAAGAAUCAUUGGUUAGGCCAAGCAUACUGUCCAAAUAUGGUGUCCAUGGUUUCCCUACACUGUUCAUUUUGAAUUCUACGAUGCGGGUUCGGUAUCAUGGGUCCCGGACCCUUGGCUCACUCAUUGGUUUCUACAAUGAUGUUACUGGGAUUAUGAUUGAUUCACUUGAUCAGCUAUCACUUGAGAAAAUUGGUCGUUCAUCUGCCGAUGAGAGUCAUGGUAACACCGAGCCAGAAAGUUGUCCAUUUUCAUGGGCUAGAUCUCCAGAAAACUUACUACGUCAGGAAACUUAUUUGGCUCUGGCCACUACAUUUGUGGUUUUGAGAUUACUAUACUUGUUUUUCCCUACGCUGCUUAUAUGUAUUCAAUAUACUUGGAGAAGGGUCAUCCAAAAUAUUAGAAUAUGGAGCUUGCUUGAACAUCCUUUGGUUUAUUUGAAGCGCCUAACACAGUCAUUUAACUGUUUGAAAGAGCCAUGCAAGAGACGUAAUCUGCAGGAAGGAGCAAUGAAUGCUAGAGCAUGGGCUUCCAAGUCCCUUGCCACCGUUUCAAUUGGAGAGGAAAGCAGCAGCCGUGGGAUGCAUCUGUGAGUUGACUGUACUGUGCAAUUUUUCUUCUUGAAAUUGGAGAUUAGAAUAUAACCUAUGAAAGGCUUGGCUGCAAGUUAUGCCAUGUACUUUUGUUUCAGGAUCAUCUUCACACCCUCUGGCCUCGUGCUUAGUGGGGUCAAUUAUGUUACUGAAUGAUGUAAACGUCCCUUAUAUGUUCAUAUGAUCAAGAAAUACUUCAUUCAGCGUUCUAGAAGAUUGAGACUUCAAUGUGUAUAGUUUAAAUGUAGCAAACUCGAGCUGAAAUCUGCAAUUCUUUGACUUGUAUGUUUUCUUGAAGGUCAAAUCAUUUGAUCGUCAGUUCUUAAAUUUAUUUUUGUUGGGAAUGAAAUGAUUGUAAAUCUCAAAAAAGUGAUUGGAUGCAUUGUUGAUGUA